AAGAUUGCAGCAACUAUACAUGUCUAGGAAUACAGUAGAGCACAUGACAUGGCAUUUGAAAUGCCGUGAGGAUGCGGAUGAAGUUAUUCAUUCUGCGGGUAGUGAGGCAUGGAAACACUUUGAUGAAACCCACCCAACAUUUGUUGAUGAACCUAGAAAUGUUAAACUUGGCCUCUAUACAGAUGGUUUCAAUCCAUUUGGUUACUCUGCGACACCUUACUCUUGUUGGCCUCUGGUGGUGGAUCAAGGCUGGUGGGUGAACGCCAAUCUGCUGCUUGCUGACCACCGAUCUGCUGGAGAGACGCUGAACACCGAUCUGCUGCCCGAUCUGCUGCCUUGUGGUUUCUUUUUCGCCGAAAAAAGGACGAAGACUGAAGAAUGGAGACUGGGGAGUGGAGAAGCCAAGAAGGAGAACGAUGGAUGAUGAAGAUUUGCUACCCGAUCUACAGAUGGACGAUGGAUGAUGUGGGUUUUUUGAUUUUGUUUGGUUGUGGUAACUGGUAAGAGUUGAGAUUGGGAAUUGGAAGAGUUGAGAAUCAGAGAAUGGAAUAAAAUUAGAAAGUAGAA